AUGCAAACCGAGGCUUCCGAGGAGGGCGAGGACAAACUUAUCAAUUCAGUUUUGAAAAUUUCAAAGACCCGUCUUCUCAAAGACAUUGGCCAAUUGACAGAGGCGUACCUUGCUAUGCAAGCCCUCAAUCCGGCAGCAGUAAUGAACUAUCUGAGUUUCGUGACUGGAACUCUCUUCGAGCUCGUUAGCCAUCCUGAUCCUGACGUUCGGAUGGCUGCCGAUGAAGGCAUCAACCAAAUCGUGAAGGCAAUCUACUCCCUCUUGAUGCCUUUUCCUGACCCUUUUGAUUGA